CAUAUCAAAAAAGCUGUACUCCUUGAUCACACACAGUACACAAUACAAUUAUUAUUUACUUUUUUCACCAGUUUUUAAUUUUUAUCAAAGUAUCAGAUCGUCUUUCUCUACGUUAGUUGAAAAUCGUCGUAGAACUCGUUAAAUUGGACAAUCGAUCUUCAGGUCCCCGCGAACGACGACAAUAUGACGUCUUCCUUUGAUGAGAUCAAAAACUUGUACCAGACGUUGAAGACGGAAUGGAAUAAAAAAAAACCAGAUUUUAAACAAUGCAACAGCAUAUUGUUACAAAUCAAGAUUGGAAUGACUAAACACACCUUUUUACCAACUUCUAAUGUGGAGGCAUCUCAAAAAGAAUACCUGAUAGCUAGAGACAUCUUAGAAGUGGGGGUACAAUGCAGUAUUGCCAUGCAUGAUAUUCCAUCUUUUGAACGGUACAUGGCUCAACUCAAGUGCUAUUAUUUGGACUACAGGGACAAAUUACCAGAGUCUGCGAAUCAAUAUCAUUUGUUAGGUCUCAACUUACUGUUCUUACUAUCUCAAAAUCGAGUAGCUGAAUUUCAUACAGAAUUGGAGCUUCUCCCAUAUGAUAUUGUACAAACCAAUACAUAUAUUAGGCAUCCGGUCGCUUUAGAACAAUAUUUGAUGGAAGGCAAUUAUAACAAGAUAUUUCAAGCAAAGAGUAAUGUACCAUCAGAUACGUAUAAUUUUUUUAUGAACAUACUGUCAAACACACUUCGUAAUGAAAUUGCUGAAUGCUUACAAAAAGCAUACAAAAAAGUAUCUAUAAAUUCUGCUACAAAAAUGUUAAACUUCAAUAGCACUAAUGAAACAAAUGACUUUGCUAACAAGAAAAAGUGGAUUUUGGGUCAAGAUGGUUAUUACGUAUUCCACCUUGAAGAAGAGAAGAAAGCAAUAGAACCUUUACCCGCAUUACAGAUUGCUGAUUAUGCUAUUCAGUAUGCCAAAGAGUUGGAAACUAUAGUCUAAUAAUUUUAAUUUACUACACAUGGAUUUUGUGUCGAUUAUUUGAAAUUAAAUAAAGUUAAGAAACACCUAAUUGUUUAAAACUAAUA